UAAUGGGCAUUUGAAAUGGCAUCGGAACAAUCAAACUUUACAUACAUACACAGCUGGAGUGGCGUAUAAUGAAACCACCAACUACCGAAUGACAAUAAAAUCCAAUGAUCAGCAUCAGACGUUAGUGUUGGAUAUGAUGCUGUGGUGUGCUCAAGGCUGGUCUGGAGAUCAGUGUCAACAUCGAUGUCAUUCUACUUCAAAUAAAAUGUGCAACAUAGAUGGAAAACUUGUUUGUAAACAUGGGUAUGGUGGACACUAUUGUGUGGAUAUAAACGAGUGUAGCGGCCAGUCCCCUUGCAGAAACGGUGGUACGUGUCAUAACACAAGAGGUUCGUUUAUAUGUCAAUGCCGGACAGGCUGGACAGGGCCAACGUGUGAGGUCGAUAUAGAUGAAUGUGACCUAGGUUACUGUACAAACGCCACAACUUGCACAAACAGCCAGGGAUCAUUUCACUGCAGAUGUCAUAGAGGAUUUCAUGGUAGUAAAUGUACUGACACAAAUGAAUGCAGGAUUCCAUUUAAACUCUGCCAACAUGAAAGCACCUGUCUCAAUCAAUAUGCAUCAUUUACUUGCAGAUGUAGUGAAGGUUAUUCUGGUGCCAGAUGCGAAAACGACAUAGAUGAAUGUUCCUUAUCGAUAUGUAGUCCACAUAGUAACAAUUGCACAAACACUGUCGGCAGUUACAGUUGUAACUGCAAAGCUGGUUGGACAGGAAAAAAAUGUGAAAAUGAUAUAGAUGAAUGUAAAAGUAAUCCGUGCAAUAAUGGAACAUGUAGUAAUACACCCGGUAGCUAUAAAUGUAAUUGUUAUCAUGGGUAUACAGGAAAACACUGUGAAAAUGAUAUAGACGAAUGUAAACAUGAUCCUUGUAAACAUGGAACAUGUAGCAAUGUUAUCGGUAGUUAUAAAUGCAACUGUUAUCAUGGAUAUACAGGAAUAAACUGUGAAAAUGAUAUAGAUGAAUGUAGAAGUAAUCCGUGCAAUAAUGGAACAUGUAGCAAUACACCCGGUAGCUAUAAAUGUAAUUGUAAUCAUGUGUAUACAGGAAAACACUGUGAAAAUGAUAUAGACGAAUGUAAACGUAAUCCUUGUGAAAAUGGAACAUGUAGCAAUGUUAUCGGUAGUUAUAAAUGCAAUUGUUAUCAUGGAUAUACAGGAAUAAACUGUGAAAAUGAUAUAGAUGAAUGUAAAAGCAAUCCGUGCAAUAAUGGAACAUGUAGUAAUACACCCGGUAGCUAUAAAUGUAAUUGUAAUCAUGUGUAUACAGGAAAACACUGUGAAAAUGAUAUAGACGAAUGUAAUAAAAAUAAUCCUUGUAAAAAUGGAACAUGUAGCAAUGUUAUCGGUAGUUAUAAAUGCAACUGUUAUCAUGGGUAUACAGGACGAAAAUGUGAAAAUGAUAUAAAUGAAUGUCAGGAAUAUCCGUGCAUGCACAACGGAUAUUGUCUGAAUCUAACUGGCGGAUAUGUUUGUCAUUGUCCGGUAGGAUGGACGGGAAAGAACUGUUCCGUUGAUGUCGAUGAAUGCAAUACGAUUUAUCCGUGCAGAAAUAAUGGAAAUUGCAGAAACACAAAAGGAAAUUACACAUGUCAGUGUCUUUCAGGAUGGUCUGGGCAAAACUGCAACACAAACAUUACAAUAUCUGCAUCUACCGCGUUGACACUCGUAAGCAGUACACUAUCUUCCACAAGCAUAUUGACAGAAACAAGCAGUGCAAUAACUUCAGCGGCCAUGUUAACAAAAUUAAGCAUGACAACACCAGCACCUACCAUGUCGACACUGACAAGCAGUAUAUUAUCUGAACCUACCACGUCAACACGUACAAGCAGUGCAACAUCUGUACUUACCAUAUUGAGACACACAAGCAAUUCAAUAUCUGCAACUACCACGUCGUUACUAAAAUUCAGUUCAACAAAUGCACCAAUCACCAUGAUACUAAUAAGCAGUGCAAAGCCUACAUUGACACUAGCAAGCAGUGCAACAUCUGCAGCCAUCAUACUGACACCAACAAGCAGUUCAAUAUCUGCACCUACCGCGUCGACACUAACAAGCAGUGCAAAGCCUAACGCUGCCAUAUCGACACUAACAAACAGUACAAUAUCUGCACCUACAACGACGACACUAAAAAGCAGUAUAGCAUCUGAACCUACCAUGUCGACAGUAACAGACAGGAGAACAACUGCAUCUAUCGCUUGGAAAAUGACAAGCAGUGCAACAUUUGCACCUAUCACAUCGACAAAAAUGAGUAGUGCAUCAUCUGCACCUGUAACAUUGGCGCCAACCAACAGUACAACACCUACAAUUGCCUCAUCUCCACUAACAAUCAGUGCAAGACAUACAGCUGUCUCAACGAUAUUAACAGGCAGUAAAAUACCUACAGCUACCACAUCAACACAAACAAUUAGGCCAACACCUACAAUGGCAACAUCGACUCUGGAGAUCGGGCCAACACCUAUAGCGACCAUAUCGGCACAAACAAUCAGUGCAACACCUUCAGGUACCACAUCGACACAAACAAUCAGUGCAACACUUAUAGCUGCCACAUCGACACAAACAAUCAGUACAACACAUACAGCUACCACAUCAACAAUAAUAAGCAGUGCAGUAUCAGCACCUACGACGUCAACACUAACAAACUGGGAAACAUCUGCACCUACCGCUUCAAAUCUACAAAUCAAUUCAUCUUUUUCACCAGUUGCAAUUACGCCAACACCUUCACCGGCCACAUCGAUACAGACAAUCAGACCAACACCAACAGCUGCCACACUGACACAAACAAUUAGUGCAAAACCUACAGCUACCACACUCAUACAAAGAAUUAGUGCAACACCUACAGAGGCAACAUCUACGCAGACAAGCAGUGCAAAACCUACAACAACCACAUCGGAACUUACAAGCAGUACUAGCUCAACUGUCUCUACAGUGACCGACUUUGUAGUUCAACUUGCAGAUGCCUUCAACCCCGGAUGCACGAAUUCAGGAUGGAAUGUUACACUGGACUUGGCAAUUCUAAAACAGCUUUACCCGGAUAUAACAUCCAACCAUAUAUACUUUGGUGAUAACUCGUGCCGCGGGAAACAGGUGGGAAACAAAUUAAUAUUUCAGCAUGGAUUCACGGACUGUCUUACAGCUGAACGGAUCUCGGGCGACACGAUAUUAUACGAAAAUAAAUUGUUCUACGCAAUUUACGACCCUAUACAUCCAUUCAUUAUCCGUCAGCACAAAUGGACAUAUGGUGUUGAAUGUGACGUCAGCCGUAACGAGGCUACGUCAUCGCAUGUGCACCAUGACAUUGACGCUAUACAUUCUGCAGUAUCAAGUCAUUAUGGAAUAAACAUGACAUUCUUCAAAGAUCCAGGCUUUAUGAAUGAACUUCCUGGAAAUCCUUUACAUACGAACGUCGGUGACGAUGUCUACGUCAAAGUUUUCACGUUGGCAACAGACUGGAAUAUUAAAAUGAGGUUACAGACAUGCUACACCAAACCAACGGAGGUCGCAGCAGAUAUGACAUAUUACAUCAUCGCUGAUGGAUGCGAAGUAGACAGUAAUACCCACAUCAUCUCUCAGUCUACCCACGAGACGAGAUUCGUCUUCCAAGACUUUGAGUAUUCUACAAACGGCGAGGGUCUCAACAUCUAUUGUAAUGCCACGUUUUGUGAAACUAAAGAUUAUUCUCCAGGAUGUGCACAGUCUUGUAAAUCUUUUGGAACACAGGCACUUGUUGGAAAAUAGACCACUAUUAUAUCUAUCAAUCGAGUUUCGUCAAUUUAUAACAUCUCAUUCUAUAUCAAUGUUUAAGACCAUUAUUCCAACAUGGUAUUACAUGAAAUGGACACGUGUAAUUGAACACUUUAUAAAAUUAAAGAAAGGCAUUGCUCUGUAUUGUUGUUGGGAACAAAUCACAAAAUAUCUUAUAAGACAUGUUACGAAAUAUUAUCAUACAUUGUUCUUUAUAAUGUUGAAUGAAUGGAAGCCCAUUCAAAACAUUAUUGAUUUCCACUUUUAAGAAUAUCGUAGAUCAUACAGCUUUUCUACAAAUAAAUCAAGCAAAAUACCAUUAUUUUGCGACGUACGUUAAACUAGCAAGAGAAAAAUAGAGAAAUAAUUUCUACAAAUGUUGGUAGAAUCUGAAGUUAACAUUUUUUACAAUACUAUGAGGCAGAAACUUCUUGUGCCCAAUUCUGUUCUUGUGCGUUAGUGGUCAUAAGCUUUA